CAUUGGCCCAUCUUUAACCCUAUAUUAACUCUCUCAUUUUUCCUAAUUGUCCAGUGAUAGAAGAUAAUAAUGUGAUUAGCAAUCAACUCUGAAAGCUUUCUUCUUUAGCUAUUAUCAUCACCAUACAUUAAAAAGAAUUUAUUAAGUACUUACUACAUGUCUGUACCAAAUCCUGGGAAUACAAUGGUGGUAGAUAAUGUGCAAACAAUUAUGUACCAUUUAAAUAGAAGCUGAUCUCAGAGGGAAGUCACAGAGAAUGAUAAAAGAAGGAUGAAGGAUGUGGGAAGGACCUCCUGCAGACGAUGGUGUUUGAAUUGGGUUCUAAGAAAGCCAGGAAAGCCAGGAGGCAGAGAUGAGGAGAGAGAGAGCAUUCUAGACAAAAGGAUCAACCACAAAAAGUAGAGGAGUUGGGAAAUGGAAUGUUAUUUGUAAGGAACAGUGAGAAGUCCAGUCUCAGUGAAUCACAGAGUGUGCAAAGAAGGAAUAAAGUAUGGAGAAGCAGGAAGGGGACAGUUAUGUAAGACUUUAAAUGGUUAACAGAGUAUUUUAUAUUUGAUUCUAGAAGUAAUAAGGAGUCACUGAAGCAGACUUGUGCAUUAGGAAGAUUACUCCAGCAGUUGAAUGGUGAGGAAAUGCUAAAGGAUUCUCCUGUGUACUGAACAACAUCUCUUGGUGAUUUCCUGUAAAUUCUCUGCAGAGUUACUCUUAACCUCAGGCAGAUGAAAACUGAAUUUUGUAUACAACACAAAAAAGGAGAAGAAAAAGGACAUGACAUGCUUCAUAAAAAAGGGUUUUUUAUGAAAGGACUGGAGUGAUUUGACAUUUCUUACUCCGGCCCAUUUUACAGAUAAGGAAACUGAGACAAAAAGAGUUAAAUGACUCAAAUUGUGUAUGGACAGAAUACUGGACUACUUGGAGAAUUAAGAGGACGACUUAUAAAGACAUGGAAUCCAUCAUCACAGGGUGGAAGAAAGUAGAGUGACAAGCCUGCUACUGAUACCUAUGAACAAUCUCACAGUAACUUGUAUUUAUCGAACUUUAAGAUUUUCAAGUAAUAUGCUGCCUUUGCAGGACAAAGAGAUGUUAAUGGUAAGAAGGCCAUUUAUUCAAUAUACUGCAUAGAAGAGCUGCAAAGACAAUGGCUUCAAAGGUCUCAUGUCUCUAUAUUUUGACAGUUGUGUGCUGGGCUAGUGCUCUUUGGUACCUAAGUAUAACUCGUCCUACUUCUUCCUACUCCGGCUCUCGGCCAUUUACUAAUGUUGCUGCGGCCAGGAAGAACGUUACCUUUGGUAAUAUAAGAACUCGACCUAUAAACCCACAUGCAUUUGAGUUUCUCAUAAAUGAGCCUAAGAAAUGUGAGAAAAGCACCCCCUUUCUUGUCAUCCUCAUUAGUACCACACACAAGGAAUUUGACGCCCGGCAGGCUAUCCGAGAGACGUGGGGAGAUGAAAACAACUUUAAGGGGAUCAAAAUCGCCACUCUCUUUCUCCUAGGGAAGAAUGCGGAUCCUGUUCUAAAUCAGAUGGUGGAACAAGAAAGCCAAAUUUUCCAUGACAUCAUCGUGGAGGACUUCAUUGACUCAUACCAUAACCUCACCCUCAAAACUUUAAUGGGGAUGAGAUGGGUUGCCACUUUCUGCUCAAAAGCCAAGUAUGUCAUGAAAACAGAUAGUGACAUUUUUGUAAACAUGGAUAAUCUCAUCUAUAAACUACUAAAACCCAACACCAAACCAAGGAGGAGAUACUUCACUGGCUAUGUCAUCAAUGGAGGACCAAUCCGGGAUGUCCGCAGUAAGUGGUACAUGCCCAGAGAUUUGUACCCAGAUAGCAAUUACCCACCGUUCUGCUCAGGGACUGGCUAUAUCUUUUCAGCCGAUGUGGCAGAACUCAUUUACAAGACCUCACUCCACACAAGACUGCUUCAUCUGGAAGAUGUGUAUGUGGGACUAUGUCUUCGGAAAUUGGGCAUUCACCCUUUCCAAAACAGUGGCUUUAAUCACUGGAAAAUGGCCUAUAGCUUGUGUAGAUAUCGCCGAGUUAUUACUGUGCAUCAAAUCACACCAGAAGAAAUGCACAGGAUCUGGAAUGACAUGUCAAGCAAGAAACAUCUCCGGUGUUAAGAUUUGUACAGAUGUAAAUGUCUUUUGUUUUCUCUUUCUUUCUUUUUUCUUCCUUCUUAUUUCCUUUUUUUCCUUCCUUUUUUUCCUUUCCUCUUUCCUUCCUUCCCUUUUUUUCUUCUUUUCAACUUGAGAGCCUAAAUAACUAGGAGUUUACACCUGCAACUAUGGGGAAUGACUUGUGAAGGAGUUUGCAAAAAAGUAAUUUCCCUCCACCUCCCCUCAUGUCUUAAUUCCUUUCUUUGAUCACCAGUUUACAAAUGUCACAUUCUCAUUAUACAAAUAUUAUACAAGUUUAAAGUGCCAGAUGCUAACCUCAGGGCAUAGGGCAUUACUGUUUAACUCAAGAAGCAGCUUCCAAAUCUGUGCACCCAAAAGGACAAACUGGCUGAAUAAUACCCAGCUACCUAGUCUGUAUCUGAGUUGGGAAUCUGGUUU